UACAAGCUUCUCUAACCUGCGAUGAUCCGCGCAGAUUCGCAGCCUACGACUGAAACUUUUUUUCUUUUUUUCUUUUAGAGGAAAUCAGCAGAAAAAGCCGUAAUCGCGUCCUGGUCGUUGAUAACCCGGGGCAGGCUGGAUACAGUUUGACAGUUUGCUGAAGCUGCAGAUGAAGUUCGAGAUAUUUUAACCUGCCUCAACAGGAAACGAGAGAAAGAGCGCCGCUGUCACACAACUGAAACCUGCGUCGAUGAAGCUUCGACCCCACCAUGUUCCCUGGCCGUCUGUGAACUGAGGCCAUGGAGAGCUCGUCCUCCACAGUGAGGCGGCGAGCCUGGAUCAACAGCAGCCGACAGUGGCCCACUCUGGAGGAACCUGACGGGCCGCUGUGCAACUUCCAGUCAGCCUCUAUAGCGGACGACGACGUCUUUUCUGAUGGAUGCUUCACAGGAAAGAUUGAGAACUGGCUCCUCGGUUGUGGGUCAGAUGCCAGCAAAGACAGCAGCGGUCAGCUGAGUUUUGAGUCUGUGCUGCAAGCCAACAACUUUGCUGAUGACCUGAGUCUCGGAGCUGAUGCUUCUGUGUUAAGUACUGGAGGAAUUCCAUCUGAAGCGAGCCUGGCACGGCAUCCUUCCCUCAACCAACAACGCAAACUCACCACCAGCACCCCUCGUCAGGGACUAUGGCUGCCAUCACUGAACCUGGGUCACAGCAUGGCAUCUAGCUGCCUCUCCUCCUCCACCUGGAGAAGUACAUCGAGUGUAUCAGAGGUCCUGCAGUUGUGUUCAGAGGAUGCAGAGGAAACUCUGUAUGAGCUGGGUUUUGGCUGUGAAGAGCCACAGGUUACUGUGCGCAUCCCUCCUCGCUUCUUCACGUUUCCCUCUCAGGCUCAAGGCAUCAAUUUCCGCCUCUUCCUGGACUCACAGCUGCGGCGGAUAAGAGAAGAAGACCCCAGCCUCUCUCUUGCUAGUCGUUUCAGACAAGUGCAAGUGCUCACAGCAAUGGCCAACGCUUUCUAUUCCCUCUACUCCCAUGUGUCCCGCACUCCUCUCCAGAAACUGGCCACACCAGAGUUUACUUUUUCUUCUCCUGUGGAGAGGAUUGAACGAUUCAGGAGCAAUGUUCGCAGCGAGCCGCGGUCUCCGGUGGAGAGACUGAAGGACACAGUAAACAAGAUGUGCCUGUACACAGGCUCCCCCCGUGGGUCAGACUCCACUUCUCCACAGCCUUCUCCCAGGAAAAGACACAGCCUCCCCGAAGUCGUGGAUAUAGUUCUGAAAGGCAAGACUGGGGCUACCAAGAAGCUGGAUUUGGGGGAACACAAUAUGAGUAAUUCAGCUGUGGAUGUUAAGCUGAUCACAGAUACAGCGUGUUACAGUGGGAAGGACACGCAAACACAGCAGACUGAUACAGACAUGAAUCAGAAUGCAAAUAAAAUCUGUCACAAAAAAAUGCAGGACCAUAAACAAACAGAUAAUGUUGAUGCUGUUGAAAACAGUGUCAACAGUGUCAAACAAACAGAUCUGGACAGGAUGACUCACAGUGUGAGGACAUCUCUAGCAUCCCGGCAAUCAGAAGGAACUGUGUUGGAAACAGAACAUCAGUUGCUUUCAUGUCAGCCAGAGCUGGACUCACGUUUGAUUCAGAGGAACUCGAGGACAGCUGAACUAGAGCCUGUUGCCAUGACUACAUAUGAUCUAAUCUGUCCGCAGAUAGUUGAGAGUGUACACCAGGCGCCUUUCCGCCAUCAAAACACACACAGUCCAAACAGUGUACUUCAUAUCUCCUCUGACUUAGAAAGCACAGAUAGAUCAUGUUCUAGAUCACACAAACCAAAUACACAAACCACCGUCUGUGCGCCUGAUGAGGAUUCAUACAAAGACAUUGCCUCUUCAGGAGAGGCCACACAGCGGGAUACAUCCACAUCACUUCCUGUCCUGGAGCCCAAUGGCAACUACACUCAUUAUUGCAUCACUGUGACUGGCUGGGAAGAGGAUGAAUCUAUGUGUUCUUUGAACACACCAGAUUCCUGUCAUGCUUCAUUUCACUCUCAUGUCCAGACAUGUGCAGAGUCAUUUAAUGAGGGGGAAAGACAGUACCUGAAUCCUGUGACACAUCAGGGCCUGAACCACGUCUCCUGUAACCUUCAGCAGGUUAACUCCUUCGAGCUGGAAGAGGUGCAUAGUGCAGGAGAGGAAGAUUUGGGACAAUCAGACACAACAAGAACGUCAACCUUACCAUUGUCUAAGAAAAGUCAACACAAAGGUGAAGUGGUCCGGGGUGACAGUAUGCAGUCCGACAGCAGCGGCUACGCAGAUGAAGAAGUCAGUCCCUCAUCAGACAGACACAGUAGAUGACAGAAAACCCAUUUGAACAAUUUGCACAGCAGCAUUUCUCAUCUGUGAACCCUUUUUCUGCACUGAAGAACAUUGUAAAACUAGUGAAUUGAAGCAAGGACUUAAGUGAAACAGCUACAAAAGAUGAAACUGUCAAAUGUAUUUUAAGACUCACAUACGAAGAUGUCAGUGGCUCUACACUCAAAAAGAAGCCUUUUUUCCAACAUUAAAAGUUUUAGUGCGAAG